AUGGGGAUGCUCUCCACCGACGAGCUCUCCUUCCAAAGAUUGGUGGAGCGGACGAAACGGCUGGCUCGAGAUGACCUGAAAGGCAACGUCUGGAAAGUGGACGCGGCUACGAAAUAUCUCGACCGAUUGUAUGCUACGAUGCAGAAAGAUCGAGCGAUAGAUCGAGAUCUGCUCCAACAAUACGGCCUUGAAGUCUACCAACUGCGAAAACUCGUUGAAGCCGAGCAACAGCAUCGCACCGAAGACAAAAUCCGGAUACUCGACAGCCUUCCCGACUUCGAGCCCAAGAUCGCGCCGGUGACGGAGACUACUUCAAAAGCUGCCGAGGCGCCACUCUUCGAGUCGUCGGGCGGGAUUCGCGCCCGAAACAAGGCCGUUUAUCGCAAGGAUUUACGGCAAGAGCUGCUGUCAUCGAGUAAAAAUGCGCAUGAGCAUGACCUGACGAUGACGGAGCACGAGGACAUGCACGAACACCUCGCCAAUGAGCUGCUCGACCUGACGCGCUCGCUGAAGACGAGCAUGAAGCUGGCCGGGAACGUGAUAAGAGAAGACAAUAAGCGACUCGACCAGAUGAACCACCAAGUCGGCUCGAACAAGGAGAAGCUGGCGGCGGAGAGCGCGAGACUGGAGAAGCACGCGUACAAGUGGUGCGCAUUCGACUGCAUGAUAAUCGUGAUCUUCAUCUUCCUGUUCGCCAGCUUCAUCUGCAUGGUCAUCAUCAUGAAGAUAUUCCCAAAAGUGGCCGUGCGG